AUGAAGACAGAUUGGACAUCCAUCUACAUUUUGACUAUUGUUACCUUUCUUGGCCUAUUCAAAAUUGCGGCAGUCAAUUCUGCUACGUUAUGGGCUUACAUGAAGUUAGUAAGUUUGUUUUUAAUACCUUACCUUACUGCACCCUAUCCUACCCCAACUGACUUUACUUUUACCCUACCUUACCCUGUUCUUUAGCCAGUACCCUACCUUUUAACGUACCCUAUUCCCUACUCUCCAUUAUCGUUCCCUAAUAUUAUUGUUUUUUCCAGAUCGACCCCACCGUGAACACCACAUUCCUCGGAUUUAUAAAUUCGGUUUCGAGCAGUACAAACCUUGUCAUGUCAUUUAUUGCUGGUGUUAUCAGUGAUCGGCUUGGCGAUACAAAGUGAGUUCGUCUUUUUUAUUUCUUUUAGCCUGCCGUACGCUACUCUACCCUACGUUGUCUUAAAUUACAUUGCCCUAUUCACUCUUAACUAUCUUAACUUACCUUAUCCUAGCCAACCAUACCCUACCCCGCCCCUACUUUAUAGAUCCUUAUCUUUUCCUACUCUACGUUAGUCCGACCUUACUGUAACUAUGCUCUGUCUUUUUACCCUAACCAUAGGCAUGCCCUCUCUACAAUAAGCCUACGUUACCUUACCCUAUAUUAUUCUUCCCUACCCUAUUUUACAUUGUUUUACCCUACCCUGCCCUGUUCUACCCUCUACGAUAGUCUUGCCAAAACUAUGCUCUGUCUAACCGUGCCAACAACCAUACCAACCAGAGCCUUACUGUACCUUAACCCGUUCUACGCCAGUCCUAUCUUAUACUUAGCUUAUAGACUUGCCUUACCUUAAUAUACCCUUAUCAUAGCCACGUCCUACCAUACCACAAAGCUAUUUUUCUCUACCCUACUCCACGUUGCACUAUCCUAUCUUAAACAACCUUGCUCUACCUUACCCUACUGUAUUUAACAUUCAUUCCCUUUCCAGACCCUGCAUAAUAGCCGGUAAAUGCUUGUGGAUAGUAGCGAUCUUCUCCUACUUUGCCAUAGAAGUAGUGCCCGAACAGCACAAGGUUUCUAUCAUAAUAAUGGAAAUGUGUUUCGGUUUCUCGAUGGGUCUAAUGAGUGUGUCUCGAACAACAAUGGCAAUGUCAUCGACCGUGGAGGACCGACCCAAAGCCAUGUCGAUAUCGAGUUUGGCCGCCUCUUCUGGUAUAGCACUUGGACCGGCUUUGGUACUGCCUUGUACACUAAUACCGUACCCUGGUAUUGCCUUAGCAUUUGGAUUACACUUCAAUGUGUAUACUGCUCCUAUGUAUAUUAUACUUGGUACUACCAUAGUAUCAAUAGUACUAUUAGUGGGAUGGCUGGAUGGUACUAUGAAAACGGUCGAGACGAGCGAAGUUACAGUACUUGCGGGUAGUCAAGACGUACUAAGUGGUACUCAAGACACACUAAAUAGUACUCGAGGCGUACUAAGUAGUACUCAAACCACUCAAAGUGUAGAUAGUACUCAAGUAGAAUACUUUACUAAUGGCACUGCUGGUACAACUUCAGAAAAUGGUAUAGUACCAGCUGAACAUUAUCGAACAGUCCAAAAUCGUCGAAAACGUCAUGGUCGUUUUGACAAAUUCGCCGUGUUUCUAUGUUGUUUGACGAGGAUAGCACAGUCGUCUACCAUGUUGUUCAUGGUGAAUAUUGGUGGACCCUAUAUGAUGACAGCCUUUGGAUGGACAAGUCAACAGCUGAUCACAUAUAAUUCAAUGUUCCACACACUGGUUGGCGUUCUUUGUGCUGUUGUUUCGUAAGUGGCUUAAGAAAAGUCACAUACCAUACCCUACGCUAUCCUAACUUACCUUACCUUACCUUACCUUACCCCUACCCUACCCUACUAAUCCAUCACCCUUUCAGUAUAUCAUACCUCCUCAACAUAGCCCAGCGCUACAUAACUGACCGACAAGCUAUCGUAUCCAGUGUCUUCCUAUCUCUCUUAUACUACCUCAUCACAUAUCCCUAUUCAUUCCUCCCCAACACGAUACCGUACCAAGUCCUAGAUGACAAUGGUACUGUAAUCCAGCCGGGCUGUGAGUUAAAGUACAAAUGGUGUGCAACAACACCACAAGUAAACGUGUAUGUGUAUAUGACUGCCAAGUUGGUGUGUUUUGGCAUUGGAAUGUCAUUAAUGAUGCUGAAUUUGGACUUGCUUUAUUCCAAAAUUCUGGGUAAUAUUCGGCAGGGUAAAAUGCAAGGGUUGUUUUUGAUUAGUGGAGAUGUUUUCACUAUUAUUGGGCCUACUAUAUUGACGUAA